GGGAUUACUGCCACAGCUGCAUUACCAGAGAGUGGUUCAUCACUGGCCUUACGAGCCCUAGGAUGGGGCUCGCUCUAUGCGUGGUGCGGAGUUGGAUUGCUGAGUUUUGCCAUCUGGAAGGCUCUGGGUGUGCACAGU